AUGACGACUCUCAAAUUCAUUCUGCUGCUCGCGUUAGUUUACACCGCGCUCGCUGAUCACUCAAGACACCACGGUCGCCGUCACUUCCGCCACGAUGAUGAUGACGACGAUGACCACUUUCGAGGUGAACACCACGGCGAGGAGGAUGAGGAAGACGAUGAGGAGGAUGAUGAUGAUGCAGGCCCGCUGGCAGGUGCCGCAGGAACCCACAGACGCUCCGUAAUUUGGAGAGGUCCUCAAAGCUACCAGGGUUACCGCUCCAACAAGAAGAUCGUUCAAAAACCGAAACCCGUGCAGAGCUCGGGCUCACAUCACUCCAGUAGCAGUGGCAGCAGCAGACACCAGAGAUAUCCCCAGCCACCGAUCCACAACCGCAAACGCAUGCAUGACAAGCGCUACAGGGAGGGUCUGCAGGAGUUGAGCGACCUCAUGUAA